AGGCGCUGCCCUGGCCAGGUGGCCGCUGCCGCUGCUGCUGGCCGCUGGCCGCGCGCGCCUGGCGGCCGCCCUGCCCCUGGAGAAGUGCAGCUCGAAGGUCAACAUUACCACCCCAAUGUGUGCGCGUACGGACGUGGCCGCCUGUUGGACCUCGGUGGAAGAGGUGGACUGGUACUGCCUGGCAGUAAUCGGGCUCGAGGACGAUGCCGAAGACCUUGACCAGGACUGUCGCGGCAGGCCUCCGCUGGAGCCGAGCCAGCAGGUGCGGCUGCAGGCGCCGAGCCCGCAGCACAGGUUCGGCCGCACGCCGGGGUACUACGAGGGGGCGUGCCUGCUGCCCCCCCGGGACGAGGGCGAGGGCGACUCCGAGGCGCCAUUGACUUUUGAGUACCCCGAGGUCACGGAGCGAAUCCUUGAGGAGCCACCGGUGACAGAGGGUGAGCCAGACUUCACGGCGGACACCAGCAG